UGUUAUCAGCGUCACUAUCCAUCGGAGACAGAGACAGAGGGAGCGCGGGUACCGUUAACGACGGGUGGCGGUGGGAUAGAAUCGUUCCCCUUCCAGAUUAACCAAACAAAGCCGCGAUACGGUGGGACGGAAGUCAUGGAAAAUAUUCCAGGGAAGGUCUGGAACGGCUGCCACGGAGAAUAUACCUCAUUUGUUGACGUGAAACGGGGAAUAUAACAACAUACGGUAGACCACACAACACACACAACACGUCGGGCUACUCUUUCUCCAUCUCCACCAUUUUGGUUGUCAGUGAUGGAGCACAUUCGGACGCCCAAGGUGGAAAAUGUGCGUCUCCUGGACCGGUCGUCGGGCCAGAGGAAGGCCAGCACUGGGACUCUCUACCUUUCUGCCACGCACACCAUCUUUGUAGAGAACAACCCUGAGACACGCAAGGAGACAUGGGUGCUGCACAGCAUGGUGAACAGUGUGGAGAGGCCACCCACCAUCCCUGCAGGGAGUCAGCUGAUCCUGCAUUGUAAGGACUUCCGGGUCUACCAGAUCCUCAUUCCACAGGAGAGAGACUGUUUGGACGUCCACACCUCAUUGGUCAGGUUGUCACGACCAGAGAAGUACAGCGAGCUGUACUGCCUGUCCUUUAAUCCCAAUGUGAACAAAGAGGACAGAGAAGAGUCAUGGAACUUCAUAGACCUCAUGACCGACUACAAGAGGAUGGGAGUUCCUAACAACCUGUGGGUUGCUACAGCAGCCAACAGUGAAUACAGGGUGUGUGAUACGUACCCAUCAGAGCUGUUUGUUCCAAAGUCAGCCACGCCUGCCAUCAUCGUGGGCAGCUCACGGUUCAGGAGUCGGGGACGCUUUCCUGCCCUGUCCUACUUCCACCAGGACACGCUGGCAGCAGUGUGCCGGUGCAGUCAGCCACUGUCAGGCUUCAGUGGACGCUGUCAGGAGGAUGAGAUGAUGCUGCAGGCUGUGAUGAAGUCCAACCCUGGCAGUGACUUCAUAUAUGUGGUGGAUACAAGGCCCAAGCUGAACGCCAUGGCGAAUCGAGCCGCAGGUAAAGGCUACGAGAAUGAGGACCACUACACUAACAUCAAGCUGCAGUUCAUUGGCAUUGAAAACAUUCACGUAAUGAGGAGCAGCCAGCAGAAAAUCAUCGACGUGGGUGAGAUGAGAUCGCCAUCCAUGACUGACUUCCUGUGGGGUCUGGAGAACUCUGGCUGGCUCAAACACAUUAAAGCCAUACUAGAUGCUGGGGUCUUCAUAGCCAGGGCAGUUGCUGAUGAAGGUGUGAGUGUGUUGGUUCACUGUUCAGAUGGCUGGGACAGGACGGCUCAGGCCUGCUCUGUAGCCAGUAUACUAUUGAACCCAUUCUACAGAACCAUUAAAGGACUCAUGGUGCUGAUAGAGAGAGACUGGGUUUCCUUUGGACACAAGUUCUCCCACAGGUACGCUCACCUGGAUGGAGAUCCUAAAGAGGUGUCCCCCGUCAUCGAUCAGUUCCUGGAGUGUGUGUGGCAGCUGUCUGAGCAGUUCCCAUGUGCCUUUGAGUUCAACGAGCGCUUCCUCGUCGCCAUACACACACACGUCUACUCCUGUCAUUUUGGGACCUUCCUGGGUAACUGCCAGAAGGAACGCAGGGAUAUGAGGCUUCGGGAGCGGAGUCAUUCUGUGUGGCCUCAGCUGUGGAAGGACAGAGCCGAAUACACCAACCCUCUGUACAAGGCCGAGCUGAGCCAGACUCAGGGCGUCCUGAGACCCAACACCACCCCCUACUGCUUCAAAAUGUGGAAGGGUCUCUAUAACCACAUGGAGAAAUCAACACCUCCUCGCCAGUCGCCUGCCGACUUCCUGUCCGCCGUGAGGGAGGAGUCCCAGCAGCUGGAGGAGGAGCUGACCAAUCAUCAGGAGAGGAUAGCAGCCCUGACAGGGAAGCCAAUCACGUGGGAGCAGAUCAAGGUUCCGAGGAGGACGACUAGCCACCUGCAGCAGAGACACUGCGGGCCGGACCCGCCCACCACUUACACAGACCCAAUCACCAGCCCUGCACAGGACAACGGUCACGCACUUUCCUCUGAACCGGCCAAUCAGAAGGCUCAAACCAAGGACCCCGUCCUCAUCCUGCCUCUAGGGCCACACACCCACCUCAAGAGCCACGACCCCGACGACCUCUCCACCUGCAGCGACCUAGAGUCGGGCGUGGCCGACCUCAGCAGCCGCUCGUCCAGCGGCGGGGAGGACAGAAAGGACCCGGACUCAGAUGAGGUUGCCUUUGCUACUGCCUGACUGGAAAAAAGGGAACCCUGCAGCCUGGCUGGAAGGUGAAAGAGGAAGAGGCCGCUCUUACAGUAGAUAUUUAUUCAAACACCUGGAGGGAGCAGAGGCAGAGUUAAAGAUGGCGACUGACUGACUGAAAGGCGGUUGGAUUUUAUGUCUUGUGUUUUCGUAGUCUAAAGGGAGUCAGAGAAACCUCACCGGCUGUUUUAACAGUUCACCUUUUUGACAAAGGCACUGAAAGACGCCAUUUUAAUGUUUUAAUUUGACAUUUUUUUAAUUUGUAUGUUUUGUUGCAGUUUUUUUUAUAUGUGGAUAUUGUUUAGGUGGGCUCAAUUACUGUCAAUUGCACUUAGUUUAAAGAUUGCACUGUUACUACUGUGAGACGGACAAAUGUUACGUGAAACCAGACUAAUAAUGUCGGACACAGGUUCGAUGAGGGGAGGGAAACAACCGGCUGAAACACUUUUCAGAGAGUAGAACAAACACACUCACUAGACCAACCUUAACUUGGGUCCAUGUUUAUCAUGUCAACAACAUGAUGGAAGAUUUACUGAAUGAUUGAUUUACAUCCAGUCUUCCUUCUUCAGUGUAAAAUAAUAUGCAUUAUGACGAUAGUAAUAAUAGUUUUUCCUCUGAGGUAUUUGUUUGUAGGGCCAGCAGACAUUAAGACACACUGGUAGCAGCGGAUACAUGAGCUCAAUAACUGACCUGCUUUCGGUAACAUCAUUUCUCCUUGACAGUCUGGAUCAAGUUAGGUGUGAGGGGCCACUAGUAAAGCACUAGAACUCCGUAAUAUAUAUAUUAAUAUUAAUAUAAUUAGAAGCUGAUUCAGAGUCGCUGAAUGUGAACUUAUUUGUUCAUGUAGAGCAAAGUGGGUUGUUUCCAGUGAGUUUAAAGGUUUGGACUCUGGAUCAGCCCUCCAUUGUCCCAUCUGAAGCUGAAUGGAAGAACAGAAAUGGAGCUAUAGAGCUGCUGCUAGGAGAACUGUUAAAUGUUGUAUUUGUACUCUCCACACUGGGAGGCCAGAGAGCCGACCGUCUGAAUCCACUCUUAUUCCCUGAAGCCUCGUCUUCGGUUGCACUCAAGUCAAGUUAAAUUAUUUCCUUCCUUUUUUACUUGUCCUGGACUUCUCCCAAACCAUAUCACUCAGCCUACUAUUACUGAAGCCCAUAGAGGUUAGCGAGUAUUUCUUCAUUGAAAGAAGAACAAAGAGCAGCACUGAAGACUUUUCUCCAUGGAGAAGAUGUUUUUGCCGCCUUUUUAGUUUAAAGAACGGUGUCAAAGGAUGCUGAUUGGUCCGGUACCACUUUACUGACCACAAACACAGACUGAAGCCUGGCAAGAUGGAUUCUGGCGCGAUCUGGCGAGUCCAGCUGCAUCGUAAGGUUAGUCUGUAGCUGGUGUCAAUAAAGGACUACAGGCUGUUUGAGCUUGGAGCUUGACGGUAACAAUAUGGCUACUUAUGUAAAAUAAAUAGUCAAACUGCAGGAAUUCAUUUGCUUGGCAACGUUCUAUCCCUUUGAUUAGCACCCAGUUUAGCUUCCUGCAGAGUUUAAAGACGAGCAGCUUAAAAUGAAAACUGGAUCCUCCAGAGGCUUCCUGUGAUGAAAGUAUAACAGGGAGAGAAUAUGUGCCACAUUUAUUUCUGGAUGGAGGCUUCAUGAACUAGUUUGGUCAUUAGAUGAGAUUACCAGAAACAAGAAUCAGCAAGAAGAAAAUAUGAACAAAAAUAUUCCUGUUUACAACAAAUGUUGGGAUACAGUAUUUUCUUUUGUCUUUUUGUGUGCAAUAUAUUAUUUAAAAGCCAUGUAGUCUUCUGUUUUGUUCCAGUGUACUGUAUGACAUUCUGUAAGGACCUGAUAUCCACACUCAUGUAUUAAUCCUCAAACCAACUGAAUCCUUCAGAUGAGAAAGUGGGAGGUUGGACUGAUGUGUGCUUCAGAAUCUAUAGUGUGUGUCCUUUCAGGGGAUCUGUAACUUUUUACCUUCCCACUUUGAUGAAUUACCUGCGCUGUCCAGAGGGAUCUCUGUGUGGACGUGCAUUCUGUAUUUGAACAAGCGUUUACAGUGUGUGGCUGUGUGCUAUCUAAGAGUUGACCUAUUGGUUUGUAAGUGUAUUUAAAGCUGACAGUGGCUCCCAAUGAACACCACUGGCUCCCUGUACUGCUCCUUUAAUGUGGGUGGACUCGAGGCAGACUCAGGUCACAGAUUUGACCACUUCAUCAAAAAAGACUUGCAACUUAACUUGGACUUUAACACCAAUGACUCGUGACUUCGCUUGGACUGGAGCCUUUUGACUGGAAAAGACUUGAUACCUUCCCCCAGCCCCAAACAUUAAAAAGUAUGUUCCAGCAACUGGAUGCUUCAUUCCCUAGAUCCACUGUGUUUGAACCAAUCGGACAGGAUCCAGUCCAGUUGAUGGAAAGAACUAACGUUGCAUUACUGAGCACCAGUUGGAAGAAAUGUUACCAAGGAGCAUUUAGUUUCACCCGUCCUGUGGUUAAAAUAGCAUUACAUUUGGGAAGAGCGCAUUAUGGCUUGUUUAGGACUCAAAACUCGAAGUUUAGGACUUGUGACUUGCAAAACAAUGACCUGGCCCCACCUCUGGGACAGACUAAAGAAAACUGUAUUCCAAACACAUGCUAACUGAGUAGUGCACUGAAGGUGACCAACUGUUUUAGCACAGAUAUCAUCACGUAGCCCAGUUUUUUAGGUCUUGGAAAUCAUGUAUACACUUGACAUUCAUACCAACAAAUCAAGAAAAAAAAAAGAGGACAGGUUUUUCUUUCCACUGUUGGUAUAUUAAACAAAGUGUCCCCGUCCCUGCUCGCCCAGCGGCAGUCAUUGGCUGGUGUGCCGACAUGCAGACACACAGAAGGUAAAGAACAUCACCCAGUGUGUGAUGAAUGACUGAAUCUCCUCUUCCUCUUAACUUGUACAUUUCACUGUAGCCUGUGGUGUGUAUGUAUGUGUGUGUGUUCCGUAUCCAUUGAUGUGAAUGAUCUAUCAAUAAAGGGACAGUACUGCAA